UUUCUUUUCAAAAGCAUGAAUGUCUUUUUAUGAACAAAAAUGUAUUAAUGUAUUAAUUAAUGUAUAACCCUUUUGGGCUUUUGGUUGAAACAGAGGCUCUUUUUCUUUUCAUUAACCAUAUUUUUCAGAAAAAAAAGAACAGAAUGGCAAAUUGCAAGAUCCUCUUUUUUCUCCUUCUUGCACUGUGUAUAUGGUGUGGGAAAUGUGAUGUGUUUUAUAAGCGAGUUGGGGACGAUGUUUCCAUGGAUUGUGGAGUGCCUUCAAACAGUGAUAUAGAUUGGAAAUUAAAUGGCGAGCUCAUCUUAGGCAUUAAAGGCAAAAGUGGAACUAGACGGAUGGGUCCCUCCCAUAUUACAUAUAAAGCAAGAGCAUAUGGAGACACUCUGAAGGUUCCCAAACUGGAGACAAGAGAUGCUGGAGUCUAUUCCUGCAGGCAGUCAGGAAAACAAUACACUCUGCAUGUUGUGUCAGUCUUUGCUAAACCAGGCCCAGUGCUGCUGUCAAGUGAAGAGCUAUAAUGACACAAAAAGGAAGUACAGUGGCUGAAACCUCCUAAUGGUCAAAAAUAUAAUGAAAAAAAUCAAGUAAUUCAUCUGAAAUCUGUGACUUCAAAUGAAGCAGGCCAGUGGAUGUGUCUGGUCAAUAAUGACUUGGUGCUCAGUGUAAUGUUGACUGUUGUUUUUGGUCUCCAGACCAAACCUGUUAAUGUUUCUAAAGGGGACGACACAGAGCUGCCCUGUUCUCUUCCUCAGAGUGUAUCUCAGCGUGUUGUGGGUGGGAAAUGGAAGGCUGAUCACCUUCCCACAGUCUCUUUCCCAACCCUGAAUAACAUAACAAGCAAAGGCUUACACUGGAAUGGCGAGGAUUUAUCAAAAGUCAACUUUACUACUGGGCAACUCAGCAUCAACUUUGCUGUUACAUUGAAAAAUGUGCAGAGCAGCGAUGAAGGGAAGUUUGUGUGUACAGUGGAGUUCAAGGGUGGAGUGAGUCUAAGUGUUGAAACUACUUUGGUGGUUGUGACCAAACCUUCAGAUAAAACAAAACUACACGCACUGUGUAUAUGGUGUGGGAACUGUGAUGUGUUUUAUAAGUGAGUUGGGGAUGAUGUUUCCAUGGAUUGUGGAGUGCCUCCAAACAGUGAUAUAGAUUGGAAAUUUAACAACGAGCUCAUCUUAGGCAUUAAAGGCAAAAGUGGAACUAGACGGAUGGGUUCCUCCCAUAUUACAUCAAAAGCAAAAGCAUAUGGAGACACUCUGAAGGUUUCCAGACUGGAGACAAAUGAUGUUGGAGUCUAUUCCUGCAGGCAGUCAGGAAAACAAUACACUCUGCAUGUUGUGUCAGUCUUUGCUAAACCAGGCCCAGUGCUGGUGCAGUCUAGUGAUGCAGAGCUGCACUGUAACAUUACAGGAGACAAAAAAAAGGAAGUACAGUGGCUGAAACCUCCUAAUGAUCAAAAACAUACUGAGAAAAAACAAAUCAUUCAUUUGAAGUCUGUGACUUCUAAAGAAGCAGGCCAGUGGACGUGUCUGGUCAAUGAUGAAUUGAAGCUCACUGUAACAUUGACUGUUCUUGUUGGUCUCCAGACCAAACCUGUUAAUGUUUCUGAAGGGGACGACAUAGAGCUGCCCUGUUCUCUUCCUCAGAGUGUAUCUCAACGUGUUGUGGGUGGGAAAUGGAAGGCUGACCACCUUUCCACAGUUUCUUUCCCAAACCUGACGAACACAGAAGGCAAAGGCUUACACUGGAAUGGCAAGGAUUUACCAAAAGUCAACUUUACUACUGGGCAACUCAGCAUCAACUUUGAUGUCACGUUGAAAAAUGCACAGAGCAGCGAUGAAGGGGAGUUUGUGUGUACCGUGGAGUUCGAGGGUGGAGCGAAUCUAAGUGCUGAGACGACUUUGAGGGUUGUGGCCAAACCUUCAGGUGGACAGGGUUCCACUAAAGGGAAAGGGAAAACACCUGCAGCUAUGGAAACUUUGACCAAGAAAGUGUAUGGUCUACAGCUGUGGAUCUGGAUUGCUGUAGGAGUCUGCUCUGUGGUUCUGAUUGGACUUAUUGUCGUGGUUGUUCUUGUACAUAAAAAGAACAAACGAAAGAAGCAAAGGGUGAGAAAGCUGAGAUCCAUGCGGCAGCCUCUUACAGACAAAGACUACUGCCAGUGCAACAGAGCUGAAAAAGAAGUGGAGUUUGGACAGCAAGUGAGGCCUCUUCCAGUGCCCAGACAACACCGCAACCCACGUACACGUACAGCAGGCACAAAUGAUACCAACUGAGAAGAGCAGAGUGCAAGACCACUAAAAAAACCACACCAUGCUGGGCCUGUGUUUUUAAUGUCCUUCUUGCUUAAUGAUGCUGAAUAAGGCAUGCACUCUUCAAGAUUUGCUGUAGAACUGGGUGAUGAAUAUGUGGUGGUUACUGUACCUUUAAAACAAAUCCUGUAUAUCCUGCAGAGUAUGUAAUAUAAAUGUUUUCAUAACUGUACUUUUUGAAUGACAAGAAUUUUGAAUAUUUUUUUUAUUCUUUUUUAAAUAAAAUUAUAAUAUUCUUUUAA